AUGAAGACCCUGAAAGCCAGGUUCAAGAAGGGCGACAGCCAAGACUGGAACAAGAAUGACGAGAAGCUGCUGCAGGCGGUGGAGAUGAACGAUGCGGACCGGGUCUCCUCUCUCCUGCUCCGGAAGAGCUUGGUGCCCACCAAGCUGGACAUGGAGGGGAAAUCAGCGUUUCACCUUUGUGCCACGAAGGGAAACGUGGGCUGCUUGGAGGUGAUGCUGGCCCACGGGGCGGACGCUCUGACCACCGACGGUUCAGGUCACACCGCAUUGCAUCUCUCGGCAAAACACGGCCAUCCCCAGUGUGUCAGCAAGUUGUUGCAGUCUUCCUGCCCUGUUGAUGUAGCCGAUAGCCAGGGAAGGACAGCACUCCACCAUGCAGCCAUCCAUGGGUCUAUCUCUUGUUUGGAAAUUCUUUGUGACUUCAAGGCUUCCUUGAACACCAAGGACCAGGAUGGGGUGACCCCUCUCAUGCUGGCCGCCAGGAUGAACCACCCGGAGCUCUGCCACUACUUACUACACCGCGGAGCUGCCGUUAACGCCAGAGACCAGAAAGGCCGAACAGCCCUGAUGGUGGCGUGUGAGAAUGGCAGUGUGGAGACAGUUGAGGCGCUCAUCCACGGGGGGGCACGGGUCGGCCUCAUCGAUGCCACGGGCCGCGAUGCCGCGCAUUACGGAGCCGCGAUGGGCAAUGCCCUCAUUCAACAUUAUCUCCAAGAGGCUGCCCAACGCCACUCUUGGGCCAGCGAGGAAGAAUCAGCCAACUUGUCUUCUCAGUCUCUCUGCAAGGAGAAGAGCAACAGUCCAAGGAAGCGGAAGGCACCCCCGCCCCCCAACAGCAGCCCCAACCAGGAGGAUCGGGAUGCCUAUGAGGAGAUUGCCAAGCUGCGGCAGGAGAGGGCUCACUUCCUCCAAAAGAUCCGGGGAUUGGAGCAGCUCCAGGACAAACAGAAACAGGAAGUGAGUAUCCAAAAUGGCUCUUUGCCUCUUCUGGAGAAGCAGGUGAAGGAUCUUCAACGCCGACUGGCGGAGACGGCAAACGAGAAGGAAAGUCUGAGGAAGGAACUGGAGGUGCUGCGAAGCCGGCUUUCGUUAUGCGAGCUCCUGACCAGCAGCGCCACAGCUGAGCUUCUCUCCAAAAAAAGCUUGAGUGCCUCGACUGAAGAGCUCUUAGCCACCCUGCAGAGCCAGAUCGAGUCCCUGACCCAGAAGAACAAGAAAUUAAUGGAGAAAAUACAGGUGUUGGAGAAGGACGAGAGCGAGGCUGACCCUUCCGAGGAUUUCAUCCCCGUCAUCUUGUAUGACUCGCUCCAAUCCGAAUUCGAGAAGCUGAAAGCACAGCAGCUGGAGACUCAGGAGCUGCUGAAGUCCCUGGAAAGCCAGGGGACCGAUGGAAGCCCGCCUAAAUUCAUCUCGGCGGAGGCUUACGAAGAACGGCUGAAGGACGAUUACGAGAAGCAAAUCGCAGCCCUUAAGGAAGCCUUGGAGAAGAUCAACUGCCCGGGUGAUCCGAUCGGGCUGAACCAAGCGACGGAAAGCGAAGCUGACGUAGAGCCGGAAGGAACAAGCAACGUCAAGAGAGGGAGGAGAGAAGAGACGGAGGAGCUGACGAAGGAACUGAGAGAGACCCAGGAGAAAUAUCAGGCAGCUUUGGCAGAAGUGAAGCUUCUUGAAGACCAGAUUGAGCUGGGCAUCUUGUCCGUAGAGGACAAUGAAGCCGCCGAGAGUUCCAGAAUUGAACUCGAGACGGUGAAGGCUGCUCUGCACCAGACUGGGGAGGAGCUGAAGGAACGAGACCAGAAGGUGAAGGAUUUGGAAGAGCUGCUCAGGGUUCGAGAAGAAAGGGCCCCCCAAAACUGCUCCGCUGAGGCCUGCGAGGAGAUAAAAGCCACCCUUGGUGCCUCCUUGGAUGCGGUGUCCCAGGAGAAAGAGGAUCUUCUCCAGAGAUGUACCUCUGCGGAAACGGAGCUAAGAGAACUGAAGGCCCACCAGGAGGAGACCAGCAAGCUGCGAGAAGAGCUGGAAGCCAUGACUAAGCGACACCAAGAAAUGAAGGCUCAUGUCGAGGAGCUCCGAGAAGGCCGGGAGAAGCUGGAAGAGGAGCUUCAAGCAACCAAGGAGAUCUUGGCCUCUGAGUACGUCCCUAGAGCGGAGCACGAAGACACGGUGGAGAAGCUGAAGGCCGCCUUCUCCGAUGCCGAAGAGAGGCUGCUGGAGAUGAAAGAGAAGUACACCUCCACCCGGACCGAGCUGGCGGAACUUCAGAAGACCACCGAGGUCUACAGGCGAGAGUCGAUGCCCCUGGCCGAGCACGCCCGGGCCAAGGAGGCCUUGGAAGGCACCUUGUGGGAGUUGAAGGCCAAAGCAAAGCUGGUGGAGCAGGAGCUGAGAGCCAAAGCUCGGGAGGCCUCUCAACUCCAGGCGGACCUGGACGAGUUCCAUCGAGGCGCUGUCUCCAAGGAGGCCCACGAGCAGCUGAGGGCCACCUCGCAGGCCGAAAUCGAGGCCCUGAGGGCCAAGCUGAGCGACCUGGGCUGCAAGCACGAGCGGACCUGCACCGAAGUCUUCCAGGUGCAGCGGGAGGCCCUCUUCAUGAAGAGCGAGAAGCAGGCCGCCGAGGCCCAGCUAGCCAGCGCCGAGAAGCAGCUGCAGAGCCUGCGGGCCGAGUCCGAACAUCUCCAGGAGCUACACAACCACAUCGAGGACUCGGCCAAGCUGCUCAAAGAGAAAGACCAGAAGAUCACAGAGCUCUCCAAAGAGGUCUUCAAACUGAAAGAAGCUCUGAAGGAUCUUUCCGAGUUUUCUAGUGGUGCUUCUCCUAAAGGGAUCUUCUCACCAAAGGCAGACAGUGAUCUGGACGUAGCUACCUUCCAGAGCAGAAUUAAAGAUCUGGAGCAACAAUUGGUUGAAUCUGAGCGACGCCAUAGCAAUAUCAUCUCUUUAUACAGAGGACACCUUCUCUACGCUAUCCAGGGCAACAUGGAUGAAGACGUGCAAAAAAUCCUCUUCCAGAUUUUGAAGAUGCAAAGGCUCCAGGAACAAGGCAGAUGA